GUUCUAUUUCCAGCAUAGAUUUCUGCUCGUCCCAACGCUGGGAUUUAUUCAUGCCUAGGGAUCUUCUCAAUGUCUCCUAGCACCAAUUCGCUCGAAGGAGAGAAUAUCAAUCCAACCGCGAAUGGAGAAGCAUCAGCACCAGCUCCGGCAAAGAAAUCCUGGAUCCCAGGGGGCUUUGGAGGCAGCGGCAAGCAUGGCGCCACCAUCGACAUCCCACUAUAUGAUCCAAAGAAGCGGGAGAAAGAGCUCUUAUCAUGGGAGGAGGAUUUGAAGAGGAGGGAGCGGGAUAUCAUACAAAGGGAGAAUGCAAUGGACAGAGCCGGUGUCACUGUUGAAGUGAAAAAUUGGCCACCAUUUUUCCCCAUCAUACAUCAUGAUAUAGCCAACGAAAUACCAAUCCAUGCCCAUAAGUUGCAAUAUUCAGCCUUUGCUAGCUGGCUAGGAAUUGUUGUAUGUCUCAGUUGGAAUGUAUUUGCUGUAUCGGUGGAAUCAAUUCAUGGGGAAGAUAUUGUUCUUUUUCUGCUCGCUGUCAUCUAUGCGAUAUUUGGUUGUCCUCUUUCAUACAUACUAUGGUACAGGCCUCUGUACCAGGCCAUGAGAACUGAUAGCAUGGUGACCUUCGGCCAAUUUUUCGUCUUCUACUCGAUGCAUGUUGGAUUUUGCGUUAUUGCUGCAAUUGCUCCUCCAAUAAUAUUCAUGGGGAAAACUCUUACGGGAAUUCUUGUUGCUAUCGAGGUUUUUAAUGGAGAUAUGAUUGUUGGGGUACUUUAUCUAAUUGGAUUUGUAUUGUUCACUGUAGAAUCGAUGAUGAGCAUUUGGGUGCUUGAGAGAGUAUACAUGUAUUUCAGAGGGCACCGAUGAAGACUGGCAAUAAUACGAUGAAAUCAUUGAAGACAAUAGUUUCCCCAACAGCAAGCAUCUUGAUGUAAAACGCAAGUUCAGGGUGAAUAAUGAUGAACUGCUUCUGCCAAAUUCUUGCAUGUGUUGCCUAAUGAUCAAAGUGAUAUGUGAUAUUUUAGUAUCAGGAUUUAUUGUUUGUGGCAAUAUUAGUAAUAGCUUCUUCUGUUUGUAUCUCUUUCUCCUAAAAAAUAUUCGGAUAAAUGGGCAGAAUGUUUUCGUCAAACAGUAGGAAUAUGAAUCAAUAUAAGUAUUUUUCUUUCAA